UGUGCAUACAGCUUCGCACAGUGUUACCUCUGCACAGCGGCCUCUUUCUGUGCUGAUCAUGGAGCGUGGGACCUGCUUCAUCUAAUCAGCCUGACCCACCCUCCACCUGUGGACUCAAGCUCUGCCCUCUCAGGACUUGGCCUUGGCCGGGAGGAGCCGGGAGGAGGACCCCUCAGCCCAUGACAUUCUGAGCAUCGCGUCCAUGGGGUCGGACCUGUUCAGGGAAGUGGCCAUCGUCUUCUCCCGGGAAGAAUGGGCGUGGCUGGCGCCUGCCCAGAGGGCUCUGUACAGGGACGUGAUGUUGGAGACCUACAGCCACCUGCUCUCGCUGGGUCUCGCCGUUUCCAAGCCUGACGUGAUCUCCUUCCUGGAGGACGGCGAGGAGCCCUGGAGGGCGGCGGGGGCGGCGGCGGGAGGCCUGUGCCCCGUCUUGGAGGCCCGGUCUGGAACGAAGGCGUCAUCUCCGGAGCAGCCCGUUUGUGAAGCACAGACAGCCCGGGCGGAGAGAACGGAAAGCCUCAGGGGUUACGGUCUCGAGUGCUCGCAUUUCAACGACGACUGGGAGUGCAGGAGCCGGAGUGACAGACAGCAGGGGAGUCCGGAUGAACAUCAGAGUCCAGUGACCCUCAGUCCUGAAGAAACGCCCCCUUUCGGCCCCCAAGCAUCCCUCACUUUUUAUGAGAAAGUCCAUCCUGGGGCUGAGCCCUAUGAAUACGACGAAUGCAGAGAAGCCUUCUGGCCAGAAGGCUUCCUUCUUCACCACCGAGGAAUCCACCCCAGUGAGAAACCCUACAAGUGCAAGGAGUGCGGGAAGGCCUUUAAAUACGGCUCGCGCCUCGUUCAGCAUGAGAACAUUCAUUCUGGCAAGAAGCCCUACGAGUGCCAGGAAUGUGGGAAGGCCUUCAACUCGGGUUCAAACUUCAUACAGCACCAGAGAGUCCACACGGGCGAGAAACCGUACGAAUGCCAGGACUGCGCCAAGGCCUUCAGCCGGAGCUCCCAGCUGAUCGAGCACCAGCGCAUCCACACCGGAGAGAAGCCCUAUCAGUGCAAAGAGUGUGGGAAGGCCUUCAAUCGGCUCUCACACCUCAGAGUCCACAGGAGAGUCCACACGGGGGAGAAGCCCUACGCCUGCGAGGAAUGUGGGAUGACCUUCAGCCACCGGUCUCAGUUGAUCCAACAUCAGACUCUUCAUACCGGCAAGAAGCUCUACGAAUGCAAGGACUGCGGGAAGCCAUUUAAUCAGGGCUCGACGCUCAUCCGGCAUCAGAGGAUUCACACGGGGGAGAAGCCCUAUGAAUGUCAGGCCUGCGGGAAGGCGUUUCGGGUGAGCUCACAACUGAAGCAGCACCAGAGGACUCACACUGGGGACAAACCCUACCCGUGUCAGGCGUGUGGGAGGGCUUUCAGACGGCUCUCCCAUCUCACCGUGCAUCACAGAGUCCACACGGGGGAGAAGCCCUCCGCGUGCAAGGCCUGCGGGAAGGCCUUCAGCCACUGCUCCCAGCUGGUUCAGCAUCAGGUCGCUCACACCGAGGAGAAGGCCUGUGACUGUGAGGAAGGUGGGAGGACUUUCGGUCGUGGUCCGGCCACUCUUCAGCGUCCGAGAAGGCAACGUAGAGAAACACAGGUGAAUGUAAUAAACGUAGAGAAGCCUUCCUUCAGCGCUUAUCCCUUGUUGAUCAUCAGAGAAUUUAUGUUAGGAAGCAGUGGGGAGAGCCCAUUGGCUUAGGCCCGUGGUCGGCAAACUCAUUAGCCAACAGAGCCAAAUAUCAGCAGUACAACGACUGAAAUUUCUUUUGAGAGCCA